AUGUCGUCCAUUGGCCCCCAACUCCCGCCUCAGCCAAAAAGGAGCCGCGACGACUCAGACGACGAUACAACGACAUCAAAUAAACAUGCUCGCCGCGAAGACUCUCUGCAGAACCAAGACGAGAUAGACCUCAAUGCCUCGGGAUCAGACUCCGAGGACGACUACGCACCGCUUAUGCCCGCUGCCGCCGCGGCUGCACGAACAGCAGGGCCUUCUCUCCCGCCACAUCUCGCCGCAAACAACAACGACGACGAAAUCGCCCUCUCCGAUUCCGAUUCAGACACCGGCCCAGCUCCUCCUCCCGGCGCCAAUCCAAACCCCAACGCCAACACAGACCUCGACUCCGACUCCGACGACGACUUUGGCCCAGCCCUCCCAUCAUCCUCCGCCCCCCGUCGUCAAAUCGGGCCCUCACUCCCUCCGUCUCUCCAAGACGACGCCCCCAAGCGCGACGACUGGAUGCUCGCCCCUCCGCCCUCCUCAUCCACCUUCUCCGAGCGCGACACCACCCGCAUCCGCGCCCGCAAGUUCGCCUCCAAGCCCAAACCCUCCUCGUCCGCCGCCCCCGGCGCGCCAUCCAUAUGGACCGAAACACCAGAGGAGAAGCUCCGCCGCCUACAAGACUCCGUCCUCGGACGCACCUCAUCCGCGCCCGGCGACCCAUCCAACCUCUCAGAGGAACAACAAAGGAAAGCUUGUCGCGACGAGGCCCUCGCCGCAAACAUCCAGGCCCAGCGAGGCAAGACGCUCCUCGAGGAGCAUCAGGGAGGGAACAAGGCCGCGGCGGCGGGCGGGAAACCUGAUGAGGAGGAGGAUGAUCCGAGCAAGAGGGCGUUUGAUAGGGAAAAGGACAUGGCGGUUGGUGGCAGGAUCACGUCCACGCAGAGGAGGGAGCUGAUCAACAAGUCUGCGAAUUUCGGGGGCAGGUUUCAGAAGGGGUCCUUUUUAUAG